GAGAGAAAGAGAGAGGGAGAGAGAGAGAGAGUGUUCCAUCAUCCACUAAACUCCUGUAGCCUCCUGUGUUACGUCGGUCCAACUUCCUCCUCCUCCUUCUGCUCCCAGAGACAGAGCGAGAGAGAGAGCAACAGAGAGCGUUAGAGAGAGAGAGAGAGCAAAAAAGAGAGAGCGCACAUUAGAGAGAGAGAGAGAGAGAGAGCGCGGGAAAAAGAGGGGGAGUCACACUACAACCAGGAGAGGAGAUAGCAAGGAGAAGAAGUGAAUCUGUGUUGAGAAAACCAGUCGCUACUCUCCUCUCUCUCUCUGUUGCACUGGCUGCCUGGCUGCUACUCUUCUCAGCUGAGUCGCGUGUAGGGAAGGGGGGACUGGGGGAGAGAGUGUCCAUCGCUCCGUGGGGCUCGGUGUCCAUCGCUAGCGUGGGGCUCGGUGCAUCAGCAGGAGCGGGCAGCACAGAGGGCUGGUCACUCCGCAGACUAGAGGAGAGGAGAGGAGAGCAAGGAUGAUUAACAACCUGAACGAGUGUGAGGAGGGAGAAGGGGGAGCUAACAGCCAGGGUGAUGGGAACCCCAAGGAGAGCAGCCCCUUCAUCAACAGCAGCGACCCUGAGAAGAAUCAGCAGUAUGAGGGCAAGAACAUGGCCCUAUUUGAGGAGGAGAUGGACACCAGUCCCAUGGUGUCGUCACUGCUCAGUAGUCUUGCCAACUACUCCAACCUGACGCAGGGCAGCAAGGAGCAUGAGGAGGCCGAGAACAACGAGGAGGCCCGCAAGAAGCCUGCCGCUCAGGCUCCUCGUAUGGGCACGCUGAUGGGGGUGUACCUGCCCUGCCUGCAGAACAUCCUGGGGGUCAUCCUCUUCCUCAGGAUGACCUGGAUCGUCGGCAUCGGAGGAGUCAUCGAGAGCUUCAUCAUAGUCGCCAUGUGCUGCUCCACAACCAUGCUGACUGCCAUCUCUAUGAGUGCCAUCGCUACCAACGGUGUUGUGCCAGCGGGCGGCUCGUACUACAUGAUCUCCCGCUCACUGGGUCCUGAGUUUGGUGGGGCAGUGGGGAUCUGUUUCUACCUGGGCACCACCUACGCUGGAGCCAUGUACAUCCUGGGCUGCAUCGAGAUCCUGCUGGUGUACAUCGUGCCGCAGGCAGCCAUCUUUAAGAUGGAGGGUCUGGAGGGGGCGGAGGCGGAGGCGGCCAUGUUGAACAACAUGCGUGUGUACGGCACGGUGGUGCUGAGCUUCAUGGCCAUCGUGGUCUUUGUGGGCGUCAAGUACGUCAACAAGCUGGCGCUGGUCUUCCUGGCCUGCGUCAUCCUGUCCAUCAUCGCUGUCUACGCCGGAGUCAUCAAAACCGCCAUCGAUCCGCCCGAGUUCCCGGUGUGUGUCCUGGGCAACCGUACUCUGGUGUGGAGGGGCUUCGACGUGUGUGCUAAGGUGGUGGAGCGGGACAACGGUACCGUCACCACUCAGCUGUGGAGGAUGUUCUGCGACUCGGAGCUCCUCAACGCCACCUGCGACGAGUACUUCACCAACAACAACAUCAGCGUCAUCCAGGGAAUCCCAGGCGUCGCCAGUGGAGCCCUGUGGGAGAACCUGUUUGGGAACUACCUGGAGAAGGGCAUGUACAUUGAGAAAUUGGGCGUGCCCAACAUCCCUGAGGUGGAGCCCAGCACCAAGGCCAGCAGCCGCUACGUGCUGGCCGACAUGUCGUCCUUCUUCACCCUGCUGGUGGGGAUCUACUUCCCGUCCGUCACAGGUAUCAUGGCGGGGUCUAACCGGUCAGGUGAUCUGCGUGAUGCUCAGAAGUCCAUCCCCAUUGGCACAAUCCUGGCCAUCACCACCACCUCCAUCAUCUACAUGUCCAGUGUGAUUCUCUUCGGUGCCUGCAUUGAUGGGACAGUGCUGCGGGACAAGUUCGGAGAGGCGGUGAGGGGGAACCUGGUCAUUGGAACGUUGGCGUGGCCAUCACCGUGGGUGAUCGUGUUUGGCUCCUUCUUCUCCACCUGUGGUGCAGGGCUGCAGAGCUUGACCGGCGCCCCGCGUCUGAUGCAGGCCAUCGCCCGGGAUGGCAUUGUGCCCUUCCUUAGGGUGUUUGGUCAUGGGAAGGCUAACGGCGAGCCCACCUGGGCACUGCUCCUGACCGCCUGCAUUUGUGAGAGCGGCAUCCUCAUCGCCUCCCUCGACGCCGUCGCUCCCAUCCUUUCCAUGUUCUUUCUGAUGUGCUACAUGUUUGUGAACUUGGCCUGUGCUUUACAAACUCUACUGAGGACCCCUAACUGGAGACCCCGCUUCAAGUUCUACCAUUGGGCGCUGUCUUUCCUGGGGAUGAGUUUGUGCCUCGCCCUCAUGUUCAUCUGCUCCUGGUACUACGCCAUCGUUGCCAUGGUGAUCGCCGGCUGUAUCUACAAGUAUAUCGAGUUCCGUGGAGCGGAGAAGGAGUGGGGUGAUGGGAUACGUGGGCUGUCCCUCAGUGCCGCCCGAUUCGCUCUCAUGAGGCUGGAGGAGGGGCCUCCUCACACCAAAAACUGGAGGCCUCAGAUCCUGGUGCUGGUGAGCAUGGACGGGGAGCUUAAUGUGGAGCAGCCACGCCUCCUGUCCCUGACAAAUCAGCUGAAGGCAGGAAAGGGCCUGACCAUCGUUGGCACGGGACUGACGGGCACCUACCUGGACAACUUCGCCCAGGGGCAGCAGGCCGAGCAGGCCCUGCACAAGCUGAUGGAGACGGAGAAGGUGAAGGGCUUCAGCCAGGUGGUGAUCUCCUCCAACUUGCGCGACGCCACCUCCCACCUGCUGCAGGCCGGAGGCCUAGGGGGCAUGAAGCAUAACACCGUGCUGGUCAGCUGGCCCAGGAACUGGAAGCAGGCUGAGGACCACUCCACCUGGAGGAACUUCAUCGAGCUGGUCAGAGAGACCACAGCUGCCAGCCUGGCUUUGAUGGUGCCUAAGAACAUUGCGGCAUUCCCGUCUAACGGUGAGCGCUUUACCGAGGGCCACAUUGACGUCUGGUGGAUCGUCCACGACGGAGGCAUGCUGAUGCUCCUGCCCUUCCUCCUCAGGCAGCACAAGGUUUGGAGGAAGUGUAAGAUGCGCAUCUUCACCGUGGCUCAAAUGGACGACAACAGCAUCCAGAUGAAGAAGGACCUGACCACUUUCCUCUACCACCUGCGUAUCGAUGCCCAGGUCGAAGUCGUGGAAAUGCAAGACAGUGACAUCACAGCCUACACAUAUGAGAAGACUCUGGUGAUGGAGCAGCGCUCUCAAAUCCUCAAACAGAUCAAUCUCACCAAGACAGAGAGGGAGCGCGAGAUCCAGAGCAUCACUGACAGCUCCCGCGGGUCUAUCCGCCGGAAGAACCCGGCGACAGUAACCACGCAGCUGAGCGUGACCGAGGAGCAGCCCGGGGGUAGCAAGGAGGAGAAGCCCGAGGAGGAGUCUGUGGCUGUGUCCCCCCCUGCACAGGAGCAGCUCAUCCACGACCAGAGCACCAACCCCCCCACCCCGGCCACCCCCCAGUCCCCCGCCACCGAGAGCGUCGAGACCCCUGGGGAGACCCAGAGGACCUGGACCGACCCCAAAUGCCCCGCCGACGGCGAGCCCGCCAAACCCCCCACUGGCGCCACCCCCGAGGGCAUUAAGGACCUUUUCAGCAUGAAGCCAGAGUGGGAGAACCUGAACCAGUCCAACGUGCGCCGCAUGCACACCGCCUUGCGGCUCAACAACGUCAUUGUGAAGAAGUCCUCGGAGGCCAAGCUGGUCCUGCUCAACAUGCCCGGCCCGCCCAAGAACAGGAGCGGUGACGAGAACUACAUGGAGUUCCUGGAGGUGCUGACUGAGGGACUGAACCGAGUGCUGCUGGUGCGUGGCGGAGGUCGGGAGGUCAUCACCAUCUACUCCUGAGAUGCCUGCCCACCAACACCCCAUCCCCCGAACCCUCACCUGUCCAAUCAACUCCUUACCCUCUGGCCUCACCCCCUCCCCCAUGUAUUUGAAGUCCACCUCCACCAUGCUCAACUCUGUCACUGUCCACCAAUGCCUGCCCUCUCUGAACUAAUCAUGCUGCAGCUGAAGGUCUGUCAGAUAACUAGGCCCCGCCCAGCCCUCUUUAGACUCCACCCCCAACAGUAAGACCAAUACACUCUCGGAAUAAAAACUUAUCACAGAGCAAUACCCCCCACCCCACUCCCCAAAGUAGCUCCUUAAUGGCAGGAUCUUCAAGCAACCCAACCUGCAAAGGACCCCCCCCCCCCCCCCCCCAGACAGCAGCCCUAAAAGCCCCCCGGUCACCUGUCCCAGAAGCCCCCAGCUUCGGCCCUCUUUGCAGCUGCCCUCCCCUGUCCCCAUCACUCAGCGCAGAGCACCAGAGACGUCGAUAAAGAAGAAGAAGAAAAAGAACAAGCUGCAGAUCUCUGGCUCACUGCCGCCCCCCUGUGGUGUGUUCAGAGCAUGCUCAGUCUAACUGUCGUCCAUAGACGUCUGCUCUCAGUGAGUCUGCCACCAGCACGCAUCUGCUGUCCUUGCGUCCGUCUUGCGUCCGUCCUCAUCAUUUGUGUUCCACAGUCACGCUGGACAGCUGACAGGGGUGGGGGUAAGAGGAUGAUGAAGGGCCAGGGUAGUUGUUUUGGUUUUCUGCACCUUUUGUUGUCCACAGUGUGUAAGUGUAUGUGUGUGUGUGUGUGUGAGUGUUUGUGUGUGUGUGUGUGUGUGGGGGGGGGGGGGUGAUAGAGUUUGUUAGAUCUGUUAGGUGUGUUCAUGCUCAUGAGACAGUGAGAGGGCAGUUUGAUGCUGCCUGUCCCUAGCAAUGACAGCGAGUCUGACUCCCUCUCAGUCAUGUGGGGCUAAGAGUGAUGAGCGAGACCCCCUGCGCUUCUCCCUUCCAUCAGCACCCUGUUUUUAGCCAUUUACAUUGCUUCUCAUUGUUCCUGUUUUUACAUCCAUCCAUCUCCUGAAGUAAAGUUGUGAUGAAAUGGUUCCUCAGAGGACAGUGGAGGGAACUAAUUAGUUCUUGCUCGCUGGUUGAUCCUCUGGACCCCGCCAGUCACUGCCGUCGUGGGUUUCUGAGGUGGACGGUCACACCCUCACACACUCGUCCCUGUGUGUUGCAAACAUCUUAAUGUUCCUUUAACGUUGGAAGUGGCCCACUGCCCCUCCUAGACUGCCACGUUUAGUGCCAAAAACAAAUCCGACUGGUGAGGACUGUCACCCUGCUGGGACUGCUUGACAAGACAAACAGACGGUCCCAAGAUAGAACUAGCAUCCGAAAGGAGAUCGACACGUGGGAGAAGAUGAAAAAGACAACAAAGCAAAACAAACAAAUAGAGGGAAAAAAUAGCGCCCCCUGUGGGCAGAUGUAAAUAGUGUACACUGUUACCUGAUGCGUGGUGAAAUAUCAGUGUGGUAUUUUAUUUUGUGACUAACUACUAUAACCAGUUUGUAGACAGGAAAACAUUCCUAUCUCACAGGGUCAGCUUUGAAGGCUUGUGAUUGGCUGGAGACUCCUCUACCCAUGAUUCCCAUGGGUCCUGUGGGCGGAGCUUAGGCAAGCACCAUACCUGCACUGGCAGCCACUCUGCAACAAGUGAUUUCAUGACUUCAGCUGUUGUAAGCCUAAGUGUGUGUGUGUGUGUGUGUGUGUGUGUGUGUGUGUGUGUGUGUGUGUGUGUGUGUGUGUGUGUGUGUGUGUGUGCGUGUGUGUGUGCGCAUGCGCGCGUGCGCGUGUGCAUGUGUGUGUGCCGUGUGUUUGCAUGGUUGUAUGAUUUUAUUAAAAAAAAAAAAAUCUGUUUAUGCUAGAUUGCAUAAAGUAUGUGAGUUAUCCAUCUUUUUAAAAAAAAAAACACAAAAAAGUGAAUUUGUUGCAUAUCCGUCUGUGUAGCUAUCCACAUAUGUAACUAUCUUGCAAAUAUACAUUUUGUUCUAUUAUAUCAGAGCUAUAUCAUAAACCAAAAUACAAAUGUUAAAGAUAUAUAAAUCCUAUAUAAAAGUUUGCCAAAAUGAGAUGCAUGUGCCAUAUGAAGAUAAACAGAGACACAAAGAGCAGAUUAAUUCACUGCUGCUUAACGAUGUGAAGAAGAUGAUUCUGAUUGGUCAUGUUGAAUAGGAGGCUGGAAUGGGAAAAUAAGGUUACUAUGGAGAUCGAAAAGGAAACAAAUUGGAACUCCAGCGUCUGAAUCUGAACUCUAUGCAUUACUAACAUUAGGAGGAGGCAGUCAGCCAUAGCUACAGCAUAGAGUGAGAUGAGUAUUUAUUUUAACAUGACUUAAUUGGUAGAUAAAUGCAGACAUAAAUGCAUAUUCAUACAUUCAAAGUGCAUUUGACGGAAAGUGCAAUAGGUCAAAUCUGGAUUCACAUUUCACUUUGUUGUUUAUUUUUGUACACAUAUUUAUAUUAGAGGAUUUUAUUUUACCGUUGAUAUCAUAACAGAUGUUUUAUGUUUGUACUAUGACUUAAGGUGUUUUGAUCACUUGCACUUGUGGUAAAAUUAGUUAUAAAUAUAUAUAAAUAUAUAAAUAUAUAUAUAUAUGAUUCAUCUGAGAGAAAAUGGUAUAGUUUACAGAAUACAAUAUUAUGUUUUACAGAUGUAUGAAAUAUAUCCCAUGGGUCGUGAAUGCUGCUAGAUUAUUAAUAGAUUAUUGUACUGUGUGUGAGUGUAUAUAGAAAAAAAAUAUUUACAAAACUAUUUACAAAGGAAUAUUAAAAUAUCAGAUAAAGUGUAAACACAGAGAUACAUAUCAGACUAGGAGGUCUCGCCUUCUGUUCAAAUGUUCCUUUUGAAUGGAGGCUGAUGAUUGCCUUAUGUGAGGAGUUACUGCAAACUAGAAAUCAGAAUGGCCGUCUCAGUGAGUCCUCUUGCGAAUGACCGGAUAGAGGACCUUAGCUGACGCUGACCUGACCUGAUCAAAUGAGAGUCUCAGACAGGCUAAAUGAGGUGAACUGAAUUUGCAGACGUUUCUAGGGUCUGUGAACAGACUCCAUAGAGUUUGUGUUGUUAAGUCAAGUAGAACCAGUAAGGGUAAUUUUUGUGACUUGCCUGAAUUCCUUUGAGGUCUUAAGAACACUAUUGUUUAUGGUCUAAUUCUUCAUUAUGAAUGGGAACCGUUUGUGUAAACCUGCCAAAUUCUGAACCUAGGGCUAGCUGCUUUCCUCAGACUAGCUUGUCUUGCUUCAGGCUCGGUCUGCAGACCAAACCUGAGUUCCAAGGGACCAACUUAUCAGCCAGCGCACGGAUUUGCCAGCAACAUGGUGAUGCCCUUAUGCAUGAAAUCAGCUGAGUCGGCUAUCUCUGUUCUGUUAUUUAUUCCCUCCCUCCCUCAUUGUUUUGAACUCUGACGUUAUAUUCGGAUCAGUGGUUUAGGGGGCUUUUUGUCUUCAGCAUCAAAGCUGAAGCAUUCAGACAAGUUAAACUUGUCUUACUGUGAACCAAGUCAGUGUUGCUGACUAAAGACAUAUGGCUUUUUUGACGAUCAGAAACUAGUGCACAUAUGUGUUUGUGUGUGUGUGUGUGUGUGUGUGUGUGUGUGUGUGUGUGUGUGUGUGUCCCACAAUGGGAGCUCACACAAUUGGUUUAAAAAAAAAAAAAAUAGCAUGCUUGAAAUCAAAGGGGAGGACAAACUGAUUAUGGAGACCAUGCACUGACUUCUCUCUUAGGGCAAUCAGCACUUAAAAUGACCUUUCUCCCGAGCUGAAUGAAGUUAAGGUAUUGUUUUAUUUAUUACCUGACAAUGAUAUUGAUCCAAUAUCAGAGCAUCGCCUGCGUUGACUGAGCCUCUCUUCGUCUCAAAAGUAGACACCCACAGGUGUGAUGUGGUGAGGGCAACGGCUCCUCCCUUUGUGUUUCUGUAUUUUAUUAACUUCCUGUUUGCAUGGUCUCUGUGGGGUAUAUUUGUUUAAGCUGUGUGUGUAGCUCGUGGUGGGCCAUUAGUAGAAAAGGCAGAAGCCAGUGGGGAGAAAACAUCUCGCUUUGCCGGUGUGGUGAUGUACCAUUCUAAAAACACAGUGGUUGCAGAUGCACUCUAUAUCCCUAGCAAAAACAAAAAACAUAACAAAAUAAAAGAGUACAUGGUAUUGUAACUGUGGUGUUUUAAUAUAAAUAGAUUCACGUUACACUAGUAGGAGAAUCUGUGUGGUGAAUGAAUGGCUCCUAGACGUGUUUCUCUUAGCUUUGGAUGUACAGUCCUACUGCUUUCAGGCACUGUAGCCAACUUUUGUUGUGUGGUUAUACUGUUUUUGAGUACCAAAUGCGUGGUCUUCAUUUUUUUUCUCAGUGUUGUGUGCAAUAUUGAUUUUCACUUACUGCCUGAAGAAUAAAAAAGUGUAUGUUUUAUUUAUAUUUGUUGAGUAGAUUGUUCACUGAGUUUGACUUUGUCAUGGGAACAUCAGAUAGCGGUGGUCCCUUUUUGUCUUCUGAUGUGCGAAUGCUCAUGAGCCUACCUGUCACCAAGCUCUUCUGUUUCAACUGAAAUGAACGUCACGUCUGUUUAGUAGUGGCUAGCUGGAAAAGCACUUUAUACAGCCAAGAGCUAAGAUUCCUUGUAUACAAAGAUGUGGAGGGCCACAGUUCAAUGCUGUUUUAGUGAGUCAAAACUGGAUCAGUAAAACGUUGAUCCAUACCUCCCUCUGCUGGUGAAAAUUAACAUUGCCGCUAAGUAGAGGUGAAUCUGCAUGCCAUGUUUGACUUGGGCUUGUGAUUUCAACAAAACUGUACUCACUCCUCGAUUUGCGGGCAGACUUUCCACCGUCCCCUACUCACUAAGAGCUGAGGACUGACUUUGAGAUGCCUCUGGUGGAUCCACAUCAGAUCCGAACCAGGGGUGUUCAAAGGUCAGCUUUUGGGGGCAUAUACUACCUGAUUAUUGACUUUCCUCUUAUGCUUAAGGGCAUAAGAGUGUUUUCUUUGGCAUGCAUAGCAAACUUUUUUCCAUUUACCAAAUUUAUUAAUAAUAGUGAUGUAAAAUUAUCGUAUGUGUCACUGAAUUUGUUCUUUGACCACCUGUAAUCUCCUUAUACUCCCAACACUGUACCCCCCCCCCCCCCCUCACUAAACCCCUUAUCCCUCUACAGACCACUUGUGUGAAUGCAGCAUACCUGAAUUUUUUAUCAAAGAUUUUAAACAAGCGCUUCCACAUCUGGGCGGGGUUCUAGAGGGACUCUUUUGGAGAUCUCACUCCUCACUUACAAUAUGUUGUACUGUUAGAAGACCAAUCUCUCCAUAUAAAAAACAGUUUGCAAUCUUUCAAACCGGACUGUAAAAAAGAAAAUUGUUAUGAAACAAAAACAUGUAAUGAGCCUUUUUUAAUAUAAGUAACUCAUAUUAAUAUGACAUUUUUUGUUGAGAUUUAUAAGAGGCUAGCCCUGUAUUUACUCCCCAGUUUAGGCUUCUCUGAAGGGCUGUUGAGAAUGUUUGUGUCACCCAUAUAGACUUACGCCUACGCCUCCUCCUGAUAGUAGUCUACUUCAGAUGAAACUGAACCGUCAACGGCGAAUUGCAUGCUCUCAAGCUACCUACAUCUAAAGAUGCACCACCGUUGUUAUUUACGCACGAGCCCUGGAACUGCCAACUCCUAAGCACACCACACAUUUCCAAAGCGCAGCAGGCCUAUCCAUCCUCACACACUUGCUCAAUCUCCCUGCGUUGCUAUGACAACACUCUGAUGCAGUUCCCAUAGAGCCCCGUCCAGCCUGAUUGCGAUUCAACGCAUGCACAUAACCUGAGGAAAUGUAUUUAGAUAUAACUGUUAUUGACAAUGUUUAGUGGUAUCUAGUGUUUUAUUCAUGUUUUUCACCAAUCUGCAUUUUAUUUAUUGAGCAGUAUGAAGCUGUCAUUGUGUUGGGCACAUUUUCUUAUCUUGGUCCAUCAGUGUUAUCUAGGAUGGGGAAAGGUGUUUACAUUGGGUUUAGUAUGUUAUGUUUGAUGUGUACAGUUGAAUUUAUUUUGUCUUGAAACACAUGUUACCUUCAGAUAAAUUUACCAAAGCAUCUUUAGUCAUCUUCUCACUUGUAUCAAAUCUCAUUUCAAAGAAUUAAGAUCAAAUUUGAGUGAUUUGAUUUAGCAAAAGUAUUAGUUUCCAGUAUUUCAUUCAUGCCUUAAACUGUUGCUGGAAUUGGCAGCUAACUGUAAACACAUCAGUGCUUUCAACACCAUUCAGGCCUACUUUCAGUUCAUAUGGCCAUUAAAGUAUCAGAUCCUAAAUUAACAAAAAAAAAACACCCGUGAGUCUACAAAGAUAUGUAGCAUUAUCUACGCCAUUUAAAUCAAUAGUGAAAUGCAGAUGAUAAAAUGCAUUGCCUAUUCAGAAAAACAAAACAGGUUGUAGGCUACCUGUUUGUGCAACUGCACAAUUCUCAACAAAGUGAAAGAACUUGUAGCUUCAACCUACAUUCCAAUUUGUUUUUAAUUCUUUGUAACGUUGAAAAAGUUAAGUAUGAAUGUUUUAAACAAAGUGGAUGUAUAGUAGAUGCUCAAGAACCAUUUUCCCACUGUGUAAACAUCUUUCCCUCCCCCCACAACAUCCUCCACUGCUUCUUGGCUAGCUCUGAAGUGACACGUAGUCUGCUGAACAUAUGUUGUGUUUUUUCUGUGCUAAACCUUGUGUGAAGGUGUGUAUGUGGGUGCAUGUGUACUUAUAUGUGCACUCCUGAAUGAUUUGGGGUGGGCGAGGGGGGGGGGGGGGAGGUAGAAUGAGGGAGGUUGGGAAGGGGCAGAAGAUUCAUUUGUAUAUACAUAAGGUACAGUUAGUGUUGAAGUGUUUAUUUUUUUGUGUCGGUGUAAGUUCAAUAUUUUAAAGGAAAUAAAUAUGUAUUCUCUAUAGUCUUUCAUGGUACACGAAAAAGAUCAACUGUAGUUACAUUUCAAAUGCUUCUCUCUAUGGCUUCUAGCAA